UUCGCUUAAUUAGAUGUUCGUUAUUCAUUCCUCUAUAUAUAGACCACUUACAUGGUCUCAAACAAAUUGUUUAACCCAUGUAACGGCACAAGAUAUUUGUUUACCCCCUGGACUCGGAACAGGUUGGCAUCACCUGGAUCGCUUCUCAGAAUAGUCCCUUUGAAGAAUUCAAGGAACAGAGGUACCUGGUAGAGGAAACGUCACUACUACAUGUCCAUUCCAGGAAAACUAGAGCAGGUGUCAUCUAUCAAUGAAAAGGUAAAAUGAUUUGAAUGCCAGAUAUUAGUCAAUUUGUCAAGUACAGUUGGUAAAUCAGUUAUAUCAGUUCAAGUAUAAUUUUAGGGCUAAAUGUUUGCAUAGAAAGAGAGAUUAGUGCAGAUAUGCUUAUAUGUAUGGAAAUAACACUAUUAUAUAUAUAUCAACUAUAUUUUCAUUUUCUAGUAUGUUAUGUUAACUGCUUUCUAGAUCGUAGUCAACUUUUGUGUUCAAACCCCAGAUAGUCUAUAAUUAGUCUGUAAUUGGAUUUCCUUCAUUCAUUUAUUUAUGUAUGUAGGCCAUGUUUUAAAUGCAUCUGUCACAGAUGGGCCAUGAUGUUUUGUUCACAGUCUUCAUCUUAAAAAAUAUUGGGAAAGUAGCUCAGAGCAAUCUCCUCUAUUGGCUACUCUGACUUCCAUGUAUGCUUUAGGGAUGUAACAGAUUCUAAUGCACGCUCGCGACAUCAAUUCCGAGCAUGCCGAAAUAAUGACAUAAUUCUCCAGCGGCAGCACCAACAUUAGACCGUUACACAAGACAUUUUCUAGAGAUAACGUUAGGGUUACCUCAAAGUUGACAGUUGUGUUGUGUUUAACCAAUAAACGUCAACCAUCACUGCAAGCGGCACCCAGAAGUUUGGCGCUGAAAGAGGUCCUACAGGGGAAGUUCCUGCAGUGGAAAGGUCUAACGGUAUCGCCCCUCUAAAACGGCCAACAAGGGCCUGCAGUGGAAAAGCUCCUCUUGUGUGUGAGCAUGUCAAAAGGACUGUGGAAAAAUGUAUGUGUGUGUUUUUCCUGAACAUUAUCUGUCAAUAAUAGUCAUUUAGGGUUACACUGAUCUAUUUUUGACUUGUAUUGCCAAUAUGAUUGUGGAUCUUCUGACACCGGCUCUCCCGAUCCCAUGCACCUCUAAAUAUGCUGUCUCCAUAUAUAGUCCCAGACUAUAUAUGACCAUAUAGUCCCAGACUAUAUAUGACGCUAUACCUAACCCUUUUAGGGUGCUUUCACACUAGAGCUUUUGGGGUGGACCAGGGUCUGCGUGAGCUGUUUCGUUGAUAUGAUGUGUCCGAACUCGGGUGCAGACCAAGGGUUUGGGGUACGGUUCACCUGAACUCCAUUGCAAUUUGUAUUUGGUGUGAAAGCUAUCCGAUCUAACACCAGGAAGAAAACACUAUUUAUGACCACUGAUGGAUACAAAUUCUACCACAAGAAAUCACUGUUAGAUGUGAAAUCAUUUAUUAACAUCCAAUUUUUGAAAAUGAUAAUAGUCCUGAAACAUAUUGACUGGAGGCAUUACAUGAACAUUACAUGGCAACUCAUACUUGCUCUGUAAGCAAAGCUGCAAAUGUAUCUUGCUUUACGUCCUUAUCCAAGCAGCUCGUUUCAUUUAUGGCAGUGAAAAUAACGAAAUUAGCAAAAAGAUGAAGAAAAAAAACAAAUAGAGUGCAGCUUUCCAUUUUUCCUUCCUUACUUUGCAUUUUUUGCUUACUGACAUUGGUAAAUAAAAGCUACAUGUUUAUGCGUUGAUGACAUAAACAGACCAUGGUUUGCAACCAAAUAAUAUAAUGUGACAGGAGACCAGCAUGGGGGAGGUAACGACGACGACACUCACUCACACACACACACACACACACACACAUACUCCAGCAAAACAAACUAAACAAAAACAGCCUUACUGAUUACUGAGAUGCUAAACCACCCAGCGACCCUGAGCGGCAGAGCGCUCUGCUGUUUGUUUGUGUGCCAACGUGCUGCUGAGGAUCUCCCCUCAGUGGUGUAAUGGCAUCAGGAAAGACACAGUAAAUAAAGUUUGACCAUAUUUGGGUGAUUCAAGAGAGGUUUCCUUUUUGUCUUGAUGGCUCCCCUGCCAGGCCUUUUCCUCUUUCUCUCUCUGAACAAAGUCACCAAAGAGCUGAAGAGGGCAAUGCCUCCCGCCUCCCACACACACACACACGCAUGCACACGCAAACACACACACACACACACACACACACACACGCUCCUUCUCUCACUCCUCCUAUCCAUGUAAUCCCUCCCACCCCCACCCUCUGGCUGUCUCAAUCUGCUUCAAAGGAAACCCCACUGUCAGUAUUUGUCUUUAUUGUUUUCUUUGCCUUUUUUUUAUUUUAUGUUUUUCACGUUUCUGCCUCCUGCCACCUUCCUAAGGAGACAAACAAGCAGCCCCCCCCCCCCCUUCUCCCUCUUUAGCCCGGAUGGGGUCUGCUGUGUCCUUAUAUGUACAAAACCCUCAGCCCGGGCAGGAAAGGACAGUUCAUCUGGAUCCGAGUUAUUGUUUCAGGCAGCUGCUGCUUGUGCGAUUUUUUUUUACUGAUAUCAGGAGCGGGUGUUGUUAAAAAUGAGAUUGCACCUUGUCUGAAAAGUAAAAACAUUAGCCUUUUCUGUGUUUUAAAGAAUGCAGUUGGAGAAUGGAUGUACCGGUUUUUAAGCCAUUGUGUCAUUGUCAUGAAAAUAUAUUCUUUUAUUGCUAAUCUCGAAUCCAUCAACAUUAACAGUAGUUGUUUUGUAAUUCUAUGUGGGCUAACUUGUCAGCUUGCUUGUUCUCUAGAUUACAUUAUUUAACCAAUGAAUUUAACAAGAUUAUACCACUUGUCACAAUGAAAGAAGACAUGUAUUUUGUCUACUUCAACACACUCAUUGUGAUAGAAAUGUGGAUGGGCAGUUUACUGUGGUUGUUAUAGUUACCAUUCAAACUUUCCAGAUACAACUUUUGAACCACAUCUGCUUAAUAGGCCAUGUAUUGAUAAACAAAAACACAGAACAACAAACACUUUUAACAUUUACUGGAUUUCACUUCAAUAUAAUUAAUUGCAAGUCAAAAUUAUCUUGCAGUCUUGCAAAUAUCUUGAAGGUCCUGAUUAGUCAUAAAUGCAUUGCAGAUUUCUUUAAUGAAAAUCCUGUCGACCCUCUAGGCUGGGUUAUAUGUUAAAAGAACAUGUCAUACAACAGCAGCAUUAAACAUGAUGCUGCAUUUCAUCCAUCUUGUCGCUGGAUGACUGACAACGGCUACAAUAUAGCACCUGCAGCCCUCGCGGGUGCAGUUUGGCCCUUCUUGGGAGAAGGACCAUUUUGUAGGUCUGUUUGGCGGAGUUGAACUUUAAACUCUUGCGGACACCACGUAUGUGUCGCCUAGUUCUUCCUAUUAUAACAGUUUCUGGUCCGCUUGGAGGACAUGUUCCAUACAUUAAUUGAAAAUUCAUUUUGGUUUUGAAAAUGCAAAUUAGCGCACCAUGGUGCAGCCAAAAGUGGUUAUGGAAAAAACUGUAUAUGUCUGGUCAUACUAGGAUAGAUUGUAUGUAGCUGCAAUUUUUUGCUUAUUUGGCACGCAUGCAAUUUUAGAUUAGAAAAUCUGGAUUAUCUAAAUCUGGGAAAAAAUGAUGUGAUGAACAGUGUGAGCUCUCUGGCAGACCAUUCCUUCUUUUGGAGAUUUCAACCAGAGGGUCAGCUCUUAUCUAACCUGGCUUUAAUGCCCUGACCAUCCUGAAGCAUUUUAUUACAUUUGCGCAUUGUGUGUAUUGCAUCAGGACUGUUACUAAACGAACCGAACUACAAGGGUAGAUAUACUGAGAGGGGCGGAUGGGGCACAUCUGGGUUAAAGCCCGGAAGAGGGUAGGGGGGCAGUGGCCCACUGUGAAGCCCAGGGCAGUGGCCUGGACCUGGGGCCGGUUGCAGGCCACGGCAGGCCAGACUGUCGGCCUUCCGCUCAUUUAGCCUGAACCUGUUUAGUAAUGUUCUCACUUUUCCUCCGACGCCCCCUCGCUUCCGUCCCUCUCACAAUGCCUGGAAGUUGCCUAGACCUACAUCUCCACGUCUCCCAUCGAUGAGUUUUUUUUUUUCUCUCUCUGUUGUUUUCUUUCAGCAAAAGGGCGGAGGAGAGGAUAUAGCAUUAAUCCAUUCUCCAUCCAAACAAACAAGAACACAAGGGGCUGAGACACGCGCCCAACACCCCUCAGUGCAAAACACUGUAGGCUUCCGACUCUCGUUAGCAUAUCAGUCGUGAUCUAUUCAGAUGAAGGUAUUUGGGUUCAAUCCUUAAGUGGACUGAUGAGCCUCUGAGGAUGACUUUCGACCUUCGACCUUCACAUGGCUUGGGUUUGGUCCUCACUUCUAAGAACUGCGUUUAGUACAGUGAGGUUGCUUUACUUGUUGUUCUGCAUUUUUUGGUGCUCGAGAAGAUUUGCAUAGGACCAUCUAUCUAACAAGCUGUGUGGAAAGGUACCAGCAAAGGUAUACAAAAUCCAGAAAUACGGAUAAACUGAUUUUAAUUUGAACUGACACAUUUUAGGUUUUGGAUAAAGGGUUUUAUGUAAGGGUGUCACCAGUCUGCAAGAAGGGGAUGUCUACUCAUGUAUUUCAGGAUGAUGUAUGCAAAUUCUAAUGUCCACAUUGUCUUCUCAUGAAUGGUUAAACAGGCUUUAAAGCAAAUACAAGCAUGUCUCUAAGCAUGGGUGGUUUCUUAAGCACAGGAGUAUGUGUGUGUGUGUGUGUGUGUGUGGAUGAGGUAACUUUCCGCUUGUUUUUAAUUAACAAGGCCCUCCUGUCCCUAUUUCUCUGGCUCCUCACUGAUUCCCUUAUUAUGACGGAUGUCCUGCACGAGCGUUUAAUCCUCAUGUCAGUGUGUGUGUGUGUGUGUGUGUGUGUGUGUGUGUGUGUCUCACACAGGAUGCCUUAAGGAGCUAGCCAGGGCAAGCGGAGGGGUGGGUGUGUGUGUGUGUCUGUGUGUGGGGGGGUCGGGUGUGUGUGUGCUGGGGUUCCAUAGUUCCUGCACAUCUGUCGAGUCCAUUCCUCUGGACUGGCGAGGGGGGUAGGAAAGGGGGUGGGGUGAGUGGGUGAGUUGUUUUUCAGCUGCAGAAAGGGUAUCUCCCCAAAUCACUCUUUUUUUCACCUCUCUCCAUUUCCUUCCCCCGAGUGCCCAUAACAAAACUGCGACCCCUCCUCUCAAAGGAAGCUGGGCAGAGGCUUCCGAUGCCUUCUAUGGAUGGCAGCUGGGAACCCCCCAUUUCUUGAUCUGCUUUUUAGCCAUUCAUAUAGGUCAGACAGGAUUAUGAGCGCAUUAGUAGUCCAGUGAAUGCAAUAUAUGCAUUAUAUUCUUACGGUGUAGUGUGAAUACUAUAUGCUUUUCUGUAGAAUUUAUGUCUUGUUUUUCCAAGUCUUGCGAUUGAUGUAUACACUAUUAUUUUAGACAAAACCUUUUCCCAUUUAUUGUACACCUCUCCUUUUUGAAGCCUCUGUGCUAUGGAUGGUCUACUCUACUACCAGAAGUCCGUAAGCUUGCCAUCAGUUCAACACUAAAAAUCCAAACUAGAAACUUCUUUUAAGCUGAGGACUGUGAAGAGGUCAAAGGUCAGCCCUAUAGUGGAAAGGCAGGUGAGGGGUUGUAUGUUUCUGUGGCCUCAGGUUGUUGAUGAGGAGUUCCUGUCUUUUUGUGCUUCCUCUCAGACCGUUUCCUCUGGCCCGAGGUUCAGUGAGGGCGGUCGGCGUGUUUAGUUGGGCACGCUGGACUCCUGGACAGUGCUGCUUGACCCCUGAGCUGUCUGUCUCAUUGGCAAGGCACUGCACCCCCCCCCCCCCCCCCCCCCCACACACACACACACACACACAAACACACACGAUCACAUGGUCUCUCCCACUCCCACUCCUACUCCCACACACGCUUCUUUCCUGAACAAGGUUUCCGCUCCUGUGAUUACUGUGCAUUGAUGACACGCUGGGAGGUGAAGAAUAAUAAACAACCACCUAAAAAAAAAAAGCAAAGCCCCACUAAAAAUACCUGGAGCUCCUGUACCUCUACCUUUCCUGCAAAGCUUCUAGGGUGCGUGGGUUGCGGAGGAGGAAGGAGGAAGCGAGCAGCCCUGGUCGCCGAGGGACUUCCUGCGCUACUUUAUAAAGCGUCCCCUCCUAGUCUGCCCCUGGGUCAUUGUUAGCCAGCCAGCAGUCAGAAUCGGACAGGGGAAAGGGGUACUUGUUUGUGCUUCUGAUUGGAGUGAUCGAGCAAGGCUGACGAGGACGGGAUAGAGCACGGGUCUCGUCCCUGCUGGUCGGGGUACGAGUAGGGAGCUGGUCUCCCCAUAGCAGAGACUACUGCUAGACUGGACCACCUAUAGUCUCUCUCCAACCAUAUCAUAGUAAGAGGAUGAGCAGAAUGCAGGUGGUGGAAGAACACAGGGCGAGCAGGAGGCACGAAGGGGCCGACACAGAGGCGGCGGAGGGGUACGUAAAGGAGUACACGCGCCACUCCGACGACGUGCUGCUGAACCUGAAUGAGCUCCGCCACCGGGACAUCCUGACUGAUGCCACCCUGAUGGUGGGCAGUGCCAGGCUGCGGGCACACUGUGCUGUGCUGGUUGCCUGCAGUGGUUACUUCUACACACUGGUUGUGCAGCGGGGCCCAAGCCCGAAUGCUGGAGAGCGCGGGGCGUCCUUCUCCCUGCCUUACAGCUUGGAUGCGUCCAGUGUGUCCCUCUUGCUGGACUUCAUGUACACCUCCCGGCUGCCCCUCACCCCACACACUGUACCUGGGGUCCUGGCUGCCGCCACUUACCUGCAGAUGGAGCACGUAGCAGACACGUGCCGAACCUUCAUGCUGAAUAGUGAGAGGAUCCUUGGUUCCCCUCCCUUACUGGAGCUGUCCUCCCAGCCUACUGCUGUGUACUGGGCGCCCCCUGGUGGAGCGCUCUCAGAGUACAGCCCCAACAGCCCCAACAGCAGCAGCAGCAGCAACAGCAGCAACAGCAGCGGCCGCAGCAGCUCUCUUCUGCUGCUCUCCCACACCUCCCACCCUGCAGCCAAGGAGGCUAAGGAGAGGCACGACAUGGCCAGGGUUCCAGGGGAGCAGCGGGCCUCGGUGGAGCAGGGGACUCACCUGAGCCAGGAGCCCAGGCCUCAGAGCCUGAAGCUGGAGGAGUCGGAGCCUGUGGCCCCCUCUCCAGACAGGCCCUCGUGUUCCAACUGUCAGCCCAACUCACCAGCUGAGUCCAGCGGCUGCAACCUCAGCCCCAAAACCAGGAGAGCCAAUGAAGCCAAGCCUGUGCUUGACCCUAAGGUCUGCAACUGGAAGAAGUACAAGUACAUAGUCCUCAACCCCCUCUGUGCCACCAACAUCAAGGAGGAGGAGCAGCUUGUGGGAAGCCCCUCCCCAAAGACAGAGGAUAUGAUGGACACCAAGGCAGCCAAUGACAAGUGGCCAAAGCCAGAGCAGGAGGUGACGGACAGACAUGGGAAGGUGGCAUUGUGCUGUGUUCCCCGGCUGACCCCCCCCUCCACCCUGCCCAUCCCUGGGAUCCGGCCCUGUGCUCUGGACCCUUUCCUGGAGCACCAGACCAUCUUGCCCCAGGGCAACCCAGCCUCCUGCUCACCUUAUCUACCACCUUGCCCACCUGAGCCGGAGACAGCCAAUCAGAGCAGCCACUCACCCUGUAAACAUCCAAUCAAACGUGAGAGCCACUACUCCCUGAUCUGUUACCCAGGAAACCUAAGUGUUCCUAAACCUUCAUCCACAGGUGACAAGCCGUAUCGCUGCAACGUAUGCGGGGCCCAGUUCAACCGGCCCGCCAACCUGAAGACCCACUCCCGCAUCCACUCUGGAGAAAAGCCCUACCACUGCGACACCUGCGGUGCCCGAUUCGUCCAGGUAGCUCACCUGCGUGCCCAUGUCCUGAUCCACACUGGAGAGAAGCCAUACCCCUGCCACACCUGUGGCACUCGUUUCCGCCACCUGCAGACGCUCAAGAGUCAUCUGCGUAUACACACUGGGGAGAAACCUUACAGCUGUGAGAAGUGCGACCUGCACUUCCGCCACAAGAGCCAGCUACGCCUCCACCUGAGGCAGAAGCACGGCGCCAUCACCAACACCAAGAUCCGCUACAAGGUGCUCAGCGACCCCUACCAGCCCGCCAUGCUCCAGGCCUGCUGAGCUCCACCUGGACACACACACACACACACACACACACACACACACACACACACACACACACACACACACACACGAAGUGAGGAGCGAAACAUUGCCAUGGCCGUUAGGUUCAAAGCCAGAGGUUUGAGGGGUUAGUCUUAGUGUUUCAGUGCCACUUGACGCCAUUGUCACCUUCUGCUUGUCAGUGAAUGUGGUGACUUUAACAAGGGCAUUAUUUAUUAUUUCUAUUCACCCUCACAUUAAUUUAUUCUGUAUGAGUUAAGAAGUUGGGCUUUCAAUCUGGAGAUGAAUGUGAUGUUAAGAGGCUAGAAGUACAUUGUAAUGGUUAUCAAUCGUGGUGAUUGAGUGGAUGGUCUGAGGGGAGAGAGUUUGAGGUGAUUUGAAGGAAUUUGAAUGUGAAUAGUUGAUGGUUGAGAAGAGGUAUUAUGGAUAACAUUAUGAAAAGGAAAAGGAAUUUGAAAUUAAUGUUUUGCUGGAAGAGGGACAUAGCAUGUUGAUGAAAAUGGCAAGAAAGUGACAAACUCUAUUUAUGUGGUUUUUUUUUUAUAUUUAUGUUUUCAUUUACCAUUCUGUCAGACAUUCCAAAGAGACUUUUUUUAUUUUGCCACAGAGCAAGUAAUCUCUCUUGGUUUUGCUCUUUCUAACCCUAGGCAGCCCAAGAAUCAUCUAAACAAUAUUCUCUCAUACAAAUGUAUGAGAAAAGCUCAAAGGUGAUCAUGUCAUUGUGUCACAGUAUGGUUAUUAUCUAACUUACUAACUCAUGAAUGUGUUACAUCUCCUGGCCUGGAGCCUAGGAGUUUUUGUAGUUUUACAUGAAAGAAAUUCUUCUUUGUAGCAGCUGAACCUCUGUCGCUCCACGUCUCUCAUAUGUUAUUAUUAUUAUCAUCAUUGAUAAUGAUAAUAUCAUUAUUAUUAUCAAUAAUGAUAUUAUCAUUAUCAUUAUUAUUUAAGCAACGACACAUUAUUAUUGGACACUGGUGUAUAAUGACAUUCUUAAAGUGAGAAGUCCGAGCGGGCCGAGGACUGUAUGUUAAGCAAGCAAAGGAAUUGUAAUUGUAAAGGUUGGUUUUGUGAUUCCAAGUUAUAUGGAGCUCUUUUGCUGGACAAAGAAAAGACCUGGUUUUAUAUAAAUUAAAGAGGAAAUAAUUGCUAUGCAUUUUGAAA